AUGGCGGCCAACAAGUCAGAAAUGGUCACUCCAGUGUCCCUUGUCGUUGUCGGUGCCACCUUAUCUACCUCUAAUACUAGUCGCUAUGUGACCGCCUGUCAGGGUUCCAGUUUGAUUCUCAAGUUACAACGGGACGAGUACGUUCCGUAACCUGGUCGGUGAGCAAUCCUCCGCCACAAAUGAUAUUCGCGAACUCAGUCAGCAGGACAAUGGGCCCGUGACUCAAUAUUAGUUUGCCACACUCAAUAACAUAAGAUACCGCAUUUAAAGCCCAGGUCGGGUAUGACUGGUGGGCGGGGGUUAAUAAGCCCGAAAUGGCUAUUCAAUGCUUUUUCCUCUUUGUCGGUUAUCUCGUUCUGUAUAUAUAGAUGGUAGCUGGGCAACUGCCCAAAAGGCCUCGAGAUCGUGUCGCAAGGCAUAACAGGACAAACAGGGCCCACGGCGGGAUCGGUGAGCGUCUUUUACCGUACAUAUUAAUAGAAUAUAUGCAAAGCACGCAGGGGAUCGAAAUCCAUAACUUAUUUUUUGGAAGGAAAAACUUGGCUCACAGUACUCAACGCACAAGUUUAACAUUGUUGCCAAAAACAGAACCUAUGUAAAAGCAUAAACAUUUUCUGUGGCGCAAGGGACUGCAGAAUAAGAUUGAAAUAAGGAAGGACUCCUCAAGAUCUGUACAAACUUUCAUAAUUUUCUCAACUUUUAGGACUUCAGUUCGUCCAACAAACAAAAACUAUGAGCCGUGUGGUUUAGGAGGGCUAGGGAGUCCACGGCUGACGUUCCAAGACCACGAAUGUGACAGAAAAAUUAGGGCCUAUGAUAACAGAGGCUGGAGUGGAGGAUAACGAGCCAUAAUUCUGACCGACGAAAUUUACCCAAUUUUGUCCACCUAGGUCGUGGUUCCGUCAUGCUUGCUGCAUUAAAUACCGUCUGCAGUUACUUCACGAACGCAAUCGCUGUACUUCUUUGACAAGACGAAUCUGAAAGCUACUCUAAAAAUCCUAGUUAUAAAAAGGCCAUUUCUUGCUGAGUAUCCUUUCUGUGUGAAAAAGCUUGAAUUUCGUGUUCGGAAGAAAUGCUUUUGCAGGAGAAAUUAGUGUAUUUUCAUUUGCUGCGUACACCCACAGGCAUGGAAAGGCGGCUUUUUGGCGCACUCAUAACCCAGAAUUAUUAUUUUGCAAAAAACAAUUUCGGCAAAGGCGUUUUGCGUUUCGUUAGAAGCUGCUUGUUUGUCCACAUAUCAGAAACGAAAAUACAGUUAACAGAAAGCAAAUUGCGUGCUCUACAAUCAUUCAAAGGUCAACAUGGAGCCGUUGAAGCAACACUCUACUCGUGCUAUAGAUCACGCAUGAUUGCAGUUCUGUAGUUUAUCCGCAGUUUGUAAGGCCGAACAACUGGCAAGAAUGCGGGAUUUUUCUGGAAUAAUUAUCCUGCCAAGUUGCACAUUCCAGUUUUAGGGUUUACCUGGCAAAGCACAGCUUCCACUUCAGAGGCAUUGCAUGUUUGGGUGAACACAAUCUUCAAUGCGUUGGGAUGCUAGUGACCUUGCCGUUUCGCUCAAUAAAGCGUGGUAUCCACCGAAACUCAAAAAAUUCAUCGACAUCUUCCAUAGGUUUUAAAAUAAAAAGAUUUGCCGAAAUGAAACCGCGAAAAUAAUAAGCAUAGGGCAUAAUCGAAACUGUUUCCCACACUUCAAUAAGCUAGCCAAUGAUUGAGCAUCCAGCUAGACAGAUGCGUGCUUCAGAGAACACUUUGGACUACUUAACGCUCAAGUACCAAAGAACCCGGAUUAGAGCCUCAGGUCCCGCAAGCCUGGGUCUGGAUAUGGCAGGCUGACGACGGCUUACAAGCCGGAAAUAGCCGUCGCUGUAUCCUUUGUCUUUCUUAACUGUCGGUGGACCGUCGCAGCCGGUGGCUUGCGCUUAAAUCAGAUCAUAGCGACCGUAGACUUGUGCAGCAUACACCGCACUCUCUCCUCCUCCUCCACCGCUUGAGCCGAUGUCUUGACCACGUCAAGAGAACCGGAGGAGGGAGAGGCUGCAGGUGACUGGCGCGGCCGGACCCCCACCCAGGCGCACCACCACACCCCCUGGUCCACAACAAGCACCUGACCAGGAUUCUACCCAACAUUAAUGGGGUGGGGGCAUCGGCAGGGAUCCCAAUUGGCGUGACAUGAACCGGAAACUGGGCCUGCACCAUACCCUGAAUGUUGGCAUUCAUUAUGGUGCGGAUUCUCAAUAACGCCCGCCAGACUCCGUUCUAGCUCCCGUGUUGGUCCAGCGCGCCUACUGCGUAGUCCGUUUCGGCGCGAGUUAUGUAUUUGCUUAUGUUGACACACAAAUUAUGAGAAAGUUUUGCUGGCGGGGUUCGGCCAGCAUUAAUUUCCCCUUACAUUUUGACAAGCAUAUGGCAAGUUUGCAUGUCGGAGUAAAUUUAAGAGUUGAGCUAAGUGGUUCGACUAGGCGUUGGCAUUUCUGACAGCUGUUCACGAGAGGGGUGGCAGCAAAUGCGAUUGAGGCAACAGGUUACGACGAAUGGUAAUCUUGGGUCAAAUUACCCGUGGACAGCAGUUGGCUUUCUGAGUCCCAGAAAACGCAGUCUACCCUCGAUGUUGCGUUGACAGCAACAGCUUGUGGAGACAGACCGCCGUCACCUCCAUAACACCUAGCGGACUCUGCCCUGGGGAUUCCAGGCAUUUCCUCGGCAUUGCCUAGAAUAUCCGAAAAACUGUAUUAGUGAUUUCACGGUGUCCGAAGUUUACUUAGUGUGCGUGGAGAAGGUUGCUGACCGACUUCGUUCCCCUUUCUUUCGGGUCACACUAGCAGAUGUUUUCGCGUUCUUUUCAUAAGCGCUCGACCAAGGACAGGCGACGGUAUAAGCAUGCAUUUGAUUUGGUAGUUUGUCUUUUCGACCAGUAAUAGGACUCAGUUUCUUGUGAAGGGGAUUCAAACGCUUGGGGCUUGGAAUGCGUGUUACUAUGCCUGCCGGAAGCGAUUAUUUGCUAUUUUGUUGGGUUAAAUCACGUGGGAGGGCAAUUUGACGAAAGAACGCGUUUUUUUCUAUUGUAAUUCCUCGACUUCCUCAGUAAUGGGAAAUUGUUCAGAAAUAUUCUCUAGGCAUGUGUUGCCUAAAAGUUAUACAUUUUCUCUCUUCAAUGGAUUGGCACACAUUUUAUUAAGAGAACAUUCUUCACUUCAGCUUAAGUUCCAUGCUUUACAAUCAGGGCUCAAAAACAUGGACAUAGAACCUCAGAAGUACGAGCAUCUCUGGACGCUUUCACUGUAAAUACCAAAUAAAGAAGCGGGAAGUCCGCUAAACAAACGAAAACACAGGUUGAGUAUUAGACAAUCUAGAGAGUACCUCCUUUUUGCAAGGUUUCAGUGUUUACUGAAAACUUACUUCAAAAUACGACGACUUCAGUAAGGAGUGUCUUUGCAUUUCCACGACGAAAUACUAUUAGCCUGAUACAACUAAUAAAAACACAUGGUAGCAUCAUAAGCUGACUUAGAGAAAGCAAUUUUUGGGUUGGACUACCGUCUAGACUGAAAGCCUCUUCAGAUGAAUAUCCGACUCUCGAUUUGCGCAGAUAACGUUAAUCACAAGUACAAAUCCACUAAAGAGUACAUGUUGGGCUCAACGCUGGGAAUUGGAAUACACACCAAGAAGCACACGGAAAACACUGGAAUAUCCACUGAUGUGCCGAACCCCUUGUAUCUGCGUUAUGCUGUGAUAGAAUUUCGGCGAAACACGUGUUUGGGCUUUUGGCUGGUACCUGUGCUCUCAGUAUGACGAGUUAUUUAACACUUGUAAACAGUUUAUGUGUGUUCAAUAACUUGUUUAAACAGAUAAAUGUUGUCUAUUGUUUUAAAAUAAAGUGGAUGAACGAUCGGUUAAAACAGACCUCCAGCCAGCUGCAGCGAUCACGGAUAAAUACGCCACUGUACGGCUAAAAUGCAAUACGUUGAGACACCAUUUUUUGAUUGUGAGAAGCCAAAAGUAACAAGAGAGUGAUACGGCGGAAUACAAGCACUCUACUCUGUUUGGAGUUCCAUUGCAGCGUCCCUCCUAAAUGUUUGAUUAGCGAGGCGAAGUCAGUAAGUGAAGAAUAAUCAUUCAGCAUCUAGUAGCCCUUAUCGGACACGCAUGUCCGAAAUUUACUAAAAGGAAAACCUGUGCCUUAAUUCAUGUUCACCUGCUUACUACCAUCGGAGUCAACGGCUCAUGCCCUGCCGGGAGUUAUGAUGGGUGUCAUCGGACAGCUACGUUCGAAGCAUUAAGAAGGAAAUCCUGUACUUCAGGACAUGUUCAGUUGCACAUUACCAUCGGAGAUAUGGGCUCACGCUUUCCGAGCGCCGUCUAGAAGUCAUCUGGAGGUGGUCUUCACUGACCUGAUCUGGUUGCAGGAGAGAAAGCGGGUGCUCUGUUCCGCGUUGGACCCUUAAAUUAAGUCAAUCCAGGCCUCAAUCUCAGGUAUCCUCCUGUCCGGUUUGCAUGACUGAAAGAUUUGGUAAGAUGUGGUUAUGUAGCCGCACAUGAUGGAUGCAAUACUGUUGACCCACUUAAUUAUUUUGAGUUGGUGUGAUUACGUUGGCAUGGUGUUGCUGUGCGUUGCGGUGUGUGUUCUAUUGACGGCCUUGUUUCUUUGUUUCCGUGUCUACCUUUUGCGGUCCAAUGCCGGCAGUCCUUAUUGACUUUCAGCCUGUCGCCUCCUUCUAAUUUGCGUGUUGGAUGUUUAAGGGUUAAGAUUACGAGCUGCGACUAAGGGUUGGCGUUAGGGGUUAUGGCUUAGGGUUGGAGUUAGGGAUUAUGGUUAGGGGUUAGGAUUUAGAGUUAGGGGCUAGGGUUAAGGGUUAGGGAAACUAUUUCUCAACCUCUCACAGUACAACCGCGCAUUCCGAAUAGCUUUUCUUUUGCGUACGCUUACUUUGCCUCGUCGCCUGUGCAAGCCCCGGUCCUACCUGUAAAAACAUCUAUUACCACUGGUCCCGUAUUACAGGCGGAUGAGGUUUGUUUACCUCAGCUGUGGCUACAUAACCACAUAUGACCAAUAAUUUUGACCCAUAAGGUGCUAUAAGUCGGUCCAAUAUACAUUGUCUCCCUCGUUAAAAUUUAUUGCGGAUGGAAUUCCAAGAAUUCGACGGGAAAAUUGCGCAAACUGUCGUACGCCGGAACACACGAGUUAGGGCAAGUGCCGGACGGAUAGUGCGAUCGCCUGAAGCCUUAAUCCUUUACUCGACUGAGGACGGGCCGCAUUUGAAUGACAUGUUCGACAAGGCGCAGGGGAGCCCCGGAAGGAUGCGGGAAUAGGACAAUUCCUCCCCCUCCUAAUGCGGUCGGAAUUACGCUGACCUAACCCUAUCUUAUCCCUAAGCCAACCCUAGCCUUAAACCGAACUCUAAACACAAUCUGAUCACUAAUCGUGACCCCAACAUAAUUUCGUUGAAAUGUAACUUAAAGCCACUUUUAAUCCCAGACGUUUCUCUACUCGUGUCUUGCCGGAGCGGAUUAUAAAAGAUAUCCGUACCGGAAAAAGAAAUACUCUAGGUCAUUUUCAACAGCCAAAUACGGCCAAUUUGUUUACUUAUGACGGACGUCUAUACGACGAAUCCCUAAUCUAACCCGGAGUUUGUAUUGCGAAGCUCGAAAUAGUCGUGGAUGAACAGAACUAUGGAAAAGAAGCCUCUUUUGUAUGUUGCUGAAAUUACCAGACUACUUGUCUCACACUUUGUUUCCGAAUAUCGUUUUGUAUUACUCGGGAGUGGGAGCAUGGAAAUAAUGCUGUUCUAUACAAAAAUCAUCUACAUAACUGGUGUGUGACGUGCUUCAAAGCCACCACAAACCAUGAAAUAUGGCCCAGACGUGCUCGAAAAUCAUUUUCGUGCAAAGAAUUGCAUAACUGAGGUUUCAAAUCUGAUAAGCAGCAUCUGAUAAAGAGAAUACAAAACACCAGUGAAUACGUGCAGGCUAGUACACUGGUUUCUGAGUGAGCGGAUUGCCAGCCAACCCACCAUAUGGCAUUCGACUUUCAAAUGUCUGCAAGUAUGAGUCGAUUGGAGACAUUCGUAUUAUCACCCAUGUGGCCGCAAUUCACUAGGUAGUUAAAACUAGCCGCAAGACAGACCACUUCAAAUCAGUUGUACAAGGAUCAGCGGAUUACUGUGCCGCAAUAUAAAAGGCAGUUAACUUUUCGCAUUAGAAAUAAUCAGCACCUCGCUGAAAAUCACGACUGUUGGAUGCGCAGAUAGUACCGUGAAAAAACAGGCGUGAACAGUGUUCAGUAAUAGACGGAGCGCUUCCCUCCCUUGGCAGAAAAAGUAAUCUGCGAAAUUCACUAGCAGUUUCUCCGGAAAAUAUGAUUAAAUGUAUAUAAAGCCAAAAACGCAUGGCGAAAUACCGCUCCGCUGGUGUGAUUACGUUCUCGGAUCACAGUCAACACAGAGGGUUCAGAGGUCGUCACUAAAGUAAAAGCUUGCCACAGUACAGAGAGUGGCCUUAUAUUGUGCUUUCCCACAAGUCAGAUUUAAAAACUGCGCAAACAGUCCGGUGCACCUAAAAAUGCCUGAACAAAUUUCUAUCACUGCCUCAUGAGAUUCAGCGUACAAUGUAUACCGAAGCAACCGGAUAUCUGUUGGACGCAAACGGGAAUCACGAAGGACAGCAACUGCCUGACCCAGAAGGUAAAACGAAACUCCACCUAUCGUAACUGCCUGUGGAGUUUGCAGCAGUGGAAUUUUCCCAUUUGCAGGCACGCGGCUCUCGCGAAUUCACGCGCACACAAACUCGUAUCCAAAGGAGAGGAUAUGUGAAUCGGCUAGAGUAAUAGACAGUUGCAUUCUGUUUGUGCGCGUGUGUGCGGGUUUGUGUAUGCCCGUGUCUCACAGUAGGCAAGGUAGAUCCCACGCAGUCGAGUAUCGCGGCCUCCAGUGACGGAUGCCGUAGUUGCAUUAUGCGUCUGAUGGAGGGGAGGGGACGGGGGGCGAAGAGAAAUGAGUCUGCCGAGGUGCGCGCAAGCAUGCCUAGUGAGAGUCGAAAAACCACUGUACCGGAGGAAGGGCAGGUGGCGGAAUGGACGGUGAUGAAAUCGGAAGGUGUUUUAAAGUCUAAAAAACCUUCAUUUUCCAUUUCUUCCUACACGUGGGCACACCUGCGGUGUCGUGAGUUUGAAGUCACCCGUUCUGAAAAAGCAUUAUUUCAGUCGGAAAAUUAGUUUGAUAGAAGGCGUACCGAAAAAGACUGCAAACGCCCUCUUGCUGUUUUAAAACUAAUAGUCCGUCCUCACUGUGUGCUGUAUUUUGUCCGCAGGUCAAAGAUGGCUGUCUGGAGACGUCAGUGAGCAUAAAUUUAGACACGAGGCGAAGGGAACUCUGUGGCGAGAGAUAUAUAUGUGUAUUGAGAAUAAGUACCAUUUUUGGGAAGAGAAUAAACUUUAAUGCGUAAAUGUUCGAGACUGGUUCCCCAGUUCGUCGCCAGACCUUUGGGCUAUGUACAAAAACAAUUAACUAUUUAACCGUGUCGAAAAAGUGAAUCUAUGGCUGGCUGAAGCCUGCGCCAAUGCGCGUCAAUGAGUUUCGUCAUCCUCUCGGCAUUGGUUGCGCUCGCUUCCAUUUGUCCUUAAGAAAUUUGUAUGUGGCAUCUAAAUCGAUGUGCCGAAUGAUGCAUGCCUCAUCUGAGUGCAUUGCCUCCAGGAAUUCGCGGCCUUUCCUUAUUGGGCAGGCGCCAACAAUGCGGGCGUUCUCCCAUGCUAAUUUGUGUCCAGUGUCCAGUGUGUGCAUAGUCACCUGGGAUAGAUGGUCUCGUCUCUUCACCGCUAACUGAUGCUCAUGUAUGCGGGUAGAGGCAGAUUUCCCAGUUUGGCAACAAUAGACGGCAUCACAAUUGGAACACGGUAUUUUGUAGACAACACCUUUCCUAUCGAGGUACCAAACCCUGUCCUUAGGAUGUACAAGCUGUGUACGCAAGGGGGUUGUAGGUUGGUGUGCUACUUGUAUCUGUUGCUUAUUCAUCUGUCUUUCGACGAGUUCAGAUGCAUUUUUCACGUAUGGGAGGGUCCGUCAGACGAAUGUUUUUGGUGCCUGGGUGGCCGUUGUUUUCGAAAUGCCUUUCUGUGGUUAGAUGGUAGUUGGUAGCCCUCCCGGUACCGAAAUCUCCCAGCUACCUGUCUUACGGGACCGGUGGUAAUAGGGGCUAUGCAGGUGGGGCAGAUAAGUGGAGGCGUAAAUGACGCUUGUAGGGUAUGCCUGGAAGUGACGUUCCUGGCAAAGUGGAAGCCUAAUUUAAAUAAGGUGAAAAAUGCAAGGAGGGUAUAGAAAUAAGCAUGGAUACUUAGUACGGUAUGCGGAAUAAAUGCAUCCUUGCCCCGAUUGAAAAGAAUAACAAGUGAAGGCGAACAACCAAUAGGAAGAAGGCAGCGUGUCUUAAGGUCAUUCCGCAGUAUGUGCGAUAGUACUCUAACCGACAGAAUGGACAUGAGAACACGAGUCAAGCAGCGGCACGCAGGACGGCAUAAAGCAAGCGGAAUAAGACUUUGAUGCGAAAAAAUAUGUUUGGGCGAAAGAGGAAAUCUGCAAAUAAUAGUGUAUUGUCACUGUGGCCACAUCUAGGAUUAAAACUAUGGCAGUGGUUGUUUGCUAUACGUGAAUGGUGUACUAUACAAUGUAAAGAGGAAUUAGCACUCUGUUUAUGAAGUUACACUUUGUUCUGCUUGCAGAGCCCAGUCUCUUAGAAGGCGAAGGAAAGCAGGACCGCAAGUGGAUAGGCCGAUAGAUUAUUCGCGGAUCCUGGAAAUAAUCCAGUCGUCCUACCUAGUGCAGUAUCUCCAGCAGAAAGGACUGCUGACCUGUAGGGUCUUAUGUAUAUGUCGAAAGGCCAUGCCCUUAAAAAUACUGCGACAGCACACGGAUGGUUAUGCCUUCAGGUAACAUCUGGGUAAUGUGGUAUGCAGCCUAGGAUAGUACCUCUAAAAUGAAUCAGAUACAGUUAACACAGUGCGCGCAUGCAAUCAGAAGCAUAAUGAGAAGCAUGAUGAAUCAUAAUCCGCCUAGAAUAAAUCUUUCGCCCUUUACUAAAUUUUUCCGUGUAGGGGUGCAAUACAAUGAAUCUAUAUAGACAUUUUUGCAGCGCCUCGUUCUGGGGGCGGUUAAAGUGAAGAAGAAUGUCAUCCUGACAGGGCUUCUGUGCGUGCACUCUCAGGCAUGAUGAGAACGUAAUCACAGAGCUUGAAAUCGAGCCAGAAAGUACAAUUGUAGAAUCAGUGGGCAGGGCUACCAACUACCAUCCUACCCUUUCAGUUUAAACUCAUGCUUCAUGCAAUGACGUACAAAAUGGCGCGGGUACCCGUUGUGCGAAAAUAAUUUGAAAAGACAUUUCAUCUCAGCUUGAUAACUUUCUAUCUGAGAUCAGUUUCGGCAGAUAUAGGCGAACCCAUAGGAGCACCUUUCAGUUACCGAUAACAUUGUUUAGCGAAAGAAAAGUUGGCUUCUGGACAAACAUCAAGUAGUUGGAGUAGAGCGUCGGCAGGUACAUCGGUAGUGUAGGUCUGAAGGAGUUCUCGGCGCAGUGUCUCGCUAAAUCUAAUGGAAUUGAGGUGAAGAGGGAGACUAUAUCGAAUAAAACCAUUAUCUCGUCGGUUGCAACACUCACUCUGUUUAGUUUGUCUAGAAACUCAUUUGAAUCUUCGAUUGAGUUCUCAGAGUCCUUUGUAAGUGGAUGCAGGAUGGUGAAAUAGCCACUUAGAAAUUUUGUAGUUUGGUGCACCGAUUAAGGAGACUAUCGGUCGGAGUGGAAUACCUAUUUUGUGAACUUUAGGAAGUCCAUGUAUCUUGGCAAUUGUGGGUUCGUCCUGUUUUAAGGAUUUAACCAGAGCUCCUGAGAUUAAUUUCUUUCCUGUAAGGCGCUUUAGUAUCUUUUCAAUGCAUAAAUUCUGUGAUUUCGUGGGGUCAACAUCCAAGGGUUCGUAGGCUUCGGCCAACCAUAGAUUCACUUGUUCGACAGGUUAAAUAGUAAACUGUUUUUGUACAUAGCCCAAAAGUCUGACGACGAGCUGGAGAACCAGUCUCGAAAAUUUACGCAUUAAAGUUUAUUCUCUUCCCAAAGAAUCAUACUUAUUCUCAAGUAAAUUUCUUGGGAUGCCCGUUUUCCAGCACAUAUAUAUAGAGAAAGAGAGAGGGAGAGAGAAAAAAGGGUCGAACGUCUGGGCAAGGUUCACUUUCCUACAGACAGACGGAUUUGUCUGUGGCUUGUUCGACAACAAUUUCCGGCUAUCCGGGACAAAGGAUCUGCGAGUGGAAUCCAUCUGCACCCAAGAAAAAAAGAGUUGGCGGAUUUACAUACACUGCGUUUUACUUGUUAACUAGAGGUUGAAACUGCGAAAACUGCAAACACAGACCUAUCAACUACAAUUCUAAGAAUGGCUGUCUUCUAUAACAAAAGUAUGAUACGUUAACAAACCAAGGUAGGACACACUCUCGUGCCCGAUGUUAGCUAAAGUGCAAAAACUCAUUGAAAACUACUUCCACCGAAGUUGGAUGAGGGACAGUAUUCAGCAAGGAGUACUAUCCAAUAGAGCCUCUCCAUCUUCUCAAACGCAUUACUACAUAAGGCAAGGACACUAAGCGGAAGGAGAAGAAGAAGAAGCAAGGUCGAAGAGUUCGGUCUGUAUGAGGAAAUUAAAAGGGUUUUGUAAGAAUAUAGGUCGUCGUGGUAACAAAAGGAGGUUGGACGCUUAUGAACAUGGACUAAGGAGCGCCCACACGUGUUUUUGAAAAUUCCUGGAUUUACAGAUCCUGUGACAUUAAUAUGAGAAGGGGGUUCUUGUAGCUUAAUUGAAUAACUCACCGCAUAAUCCAGGGGACGUACCUAUUUCCUGAUUUUGCCCUUGGGUUAAGUCGAAUUUCAAGGAUAAGAAAGUCCCUACGGCCAACUUCCUAAACGGUCCGGUCUUGAAACCGGAGAUAGGACUUGCGAUUUACAGUACUUCAUGAAAAUAUACUUUGUCAGGGCUAAGGAGGGAGGCUACUACAAAUUAGACACUUUGUUAAUGCGAAAACACCAACGGGCAGCUGGAACUAACGGGGUUCCCGAGCAGUCAUUGUAUACUUUUUUAUAUGCACAUUGUUGCCAAGAUGACCGAUGCUCGAGUCAUUCUUGCCCAGAAGAUCUGUAAUGCACAAUGUUUCUAAACAUGGUGAAAGAUAAGUAAAUAUCGCACUAUAGUGGCUGUACUGACUUAACACCUACAGUGUACGGUAUGACAAUUACAGACCCUAGAAUGUUUUUUAAGUCGGGAUUACGAAACUUUAUUCCCUUGAAGCGCUGUUAAUGAACUGAGCCUUCUCAGAAAAAUGACCAACUUAAAAUUGGUCUGCGAUUUUAGUUCACAAAUCACACGAUGACCACCGUUUCCACUGCCGACAUAGAGGCGAGCGGAAAGAAAUAAUUUAAUAGCAUUAAUCGUGAGCAGAUCUUGUUGUGGCUCGUCAAGACGUCUGAUAAGAUCGAAAGCGAGGCAUGAUGACAUUGUAAAUACAAACAAGGGGUCUGGGUGAUUGAAGAUCGAUUAUCACGUCAAAGUAGGGUUGUGGAGGACAGGGAGACGAUUAGGGCAAAGCACACGGCCCCGCCUUUGGGUGUGUUAUCUGACCCAGUCAUAAAUCGAAAUUAAAUCAGCCAAAUACGAUAACGUAGAAACUGUUAAUGAAAGGUUCGUACUAUAAUGCGAAAUAAUAAGAGAAAACUGACUGCAUUGGUCCAAAACUCGACAAACUUGGAUAUAAUAAUAACCGUCAUAUUCAAGUGUUGAUGUGACGCAUACUUUUAGCACUGUGAUGUAGGGUGCUCAACCUAUCAUGGAAAGAACAACAUCGAAAUGCGAAGGGUAGAUUUUGGGCCAAUGUCCUGGGGGUAUUAAACGAAUCCUUGCCUCUGCUGAUUGUGUUUGUAUCGCCUUUUCUACGCUCGGUGGAAAUUGUAACAUGCUUAAUCGACCGCGUUAUCAGUACCCUUUGCAAUGGCCGGAUGUACCUGCAUCCGCAUUCAUGAGAAAUUCCCCCAACACCUUCAUGAGGCAAUUGUGUGGUCGAAGGCUUAUCCGAUCAAUCACGUAAAGUCCGUCCCCUUUCAAGGGGACGCGGUGAGGGAGCUCCUGAGAAGGCGUCUUGACCAAGCCGUUUCACGGACCAUCCCAGCAGCAAGAGUUCAAGUAUUAUUUUCGACUAACCCCGUCUUAAGCGGGGAAGGUAGGGAUAGGCCACCAGCUCAGACCACCUCCAUGCGCAUUUACUCUUUUACUUGCUCCUAUGGCGCAGGCUACAUUGUUCGUACGAGUCGGCGCCUGUCUGCAAGAAUACGAAAACACCUGCUGACAUGGCUGAGGAAGGGUGAAGUUAAGAGCAUACACAGCUGCAUCCAUCUGGGUCCCGUGUGGAUCCCAACGAAGCCUUCCCUGUGAUUUACAGGGUCCCACCUAACCAACCUAAGCGACUGGGUCAGCGCCUGCUAGCAACAACGGAGGCAACUGCCAUCGGGCUACAGAGGCCGGAAGAACGUCUUGCACGCUCCGCGCCUACCGUGGGCCAGGAUCGAUUAACUUCAUGCAGGUCUUCGCGUCGCCGCCGCCUUCGCUCCCCCCUACCUUGUGACAGGACCCAACCUACAUAUGCGUAGAUUCGAUUUCUGCACAGGUGUCUCGACAACAAUGUGCUGCCGAAGUGUGUUUCACACAAACCUCCGGUCAACACAGAGCUGGCGAGACGCGCGGUGCUUCAGCACGGCCGACGAAUGAUCUGAGUACUCCUUCAAGGCGUUCACUCACGGAUUAGCAAAUAUCGUCAGAGUAUUGACCAAGAAAAAGCAAGGUUCUGCGAGUUCAUGGGCGAGGACGGCAUAAACCUGCUUCAGCAGAGGCUGGCCGAACGAACCCGCAAACAUAAAGCAACGCGUGAAGCAGCCCUAGAGAGCAAAUUUCGUAAGCUGCCUGCUCCAAUGUCAUCCAAGAACGACAAACUGGUGCACAACUUGUCGUCAAAGGAGCUGACGGAGGAACAAAUGCAGGUUUUACGGCAUGAGGCCUCAUUCAACACAGCCGAUGCCAAAGCUGCCAAGAUGAUCGCAGCAGUGGAAUUAAUCCUCAGCUAGACGGGAGUGACAGACGAAACGAAGAACCUCAUUCGACACCAAGUGUUCUCCCUCCUCACGACUCAUAGGCCGCGCGACGUGCUUUCCAAGGUCGAGCGCGAUGCACUAAAGGAAUUCAGGGCCGACAACGACCUCGUUAUCGUGCCUGCGGACAAGGGGCGUUCAACGGUCGUAUUGGACAGGACAGACUACAAUCAAAAAGCCAAAAGCUUGUUGGAGGAUCGUCAGUCUUAUGUCCCAUGCGAAUCCAACAACAUGAAAACGCUGAAACGCGAGAUUAACGCGACGCUGUUGGCAAUGGAGGACUCGGGUGCAAUAUCGCCAAUCGACCGACGCAUGGCGAGAGCAAAAGAAAUGGCCCUAGCCCGAUUCUAA